AUGGAUAAAAAUUGCUCAAACGAAUCAGCAAGGGAAUCUGAAAAGGAAAAGGAAAAUGAAAAUGGAAAUGAAUCAGAACCAGUGAAAACAUCCGCAAAUGAGUCCCAAGAAAAUGUGUCAAAUUCUGAUUCUAUAGACAAUGUUAAAUGUUUUAGUUCAUGUGCAGAAUCAGAGAUAGUUGAAGAGCAGUCUGUUGUGGAUGAUAAAUCACAUUCAAACGUUGCUGAAGUUGCUGAUGUUGCAGAUGAUUCAGAUGUUGCCAAAGAUGAUAAUUACGCUUGGAAUUAUGUUAUGUCUUCGUUUGCUGAGGCUCAUGGUGUUCCGACUAGAACUGGUGAAUCUGGUGCUGUGAUUUUAGAUCGCAAUGAGAGUGUUUUCACAAGGAAACCUGAUGUAUCGACUGAUAAACUAGAGACCUGUGUCUCAAGUGACUCAGAAAGUCAUUCUGAUGGUUCAGACAACUAUUUUAGUGUGCCUGAAACAUCAGAUGAUACAUCAGAAACUCAUGAAAAGGGAUCAUCUGAUGAACCUGACAGUCAAGUUGCAGAUUCUGGUACAUCAGACAACGAGCGUAGUACUUCUGAGAAUUCUGAAUGUGCCAAACACUCAGAUUUAAGUAGUGCAACGCCCGAAGAGAGUCAAACAGUUUCAAACAUAGAUUACUCUUCGCAUGAGAAACCAGAAUCAGCUGAUGUCAAGGACUCAGAGGUUGAUGAAGCUGAAGAAAAGAUUUUCGCAGAAUCCAUUUCUGAAGAAACUAAUGGGAUCUCGAAGAUUGAGGAAAAGAGGUCCAUAGACAUUAAUUCGUCAGUUGAUUCAAAUGAUGACACUGAAGAAGAGAUAUUUGUGGAAACCUUUUCUACCAAAACUCCUGAAAACAUGGUUUCUGAAGAAAAGGAAUAUGUGGAAGUAAAUUCAACAGAUAAUUCAACUUUUGACCCCAAAAGAUCAGACUCUGAAGAAAGUGUUUCUAAUGAAACAAAAUCUCCUGAAUCUAUUCCUUCUAAGAAGAAAAGAUCACGUAAAAAUAGAAGACCACGCAAAAAGAAAGUUCGAAAGGAAAACCUAAGCCUCGGGCAAACUGAACCAAAGCUGAAGGGUAAAGUUGCGGAUACUUACUCUCAUGCUGACAACUAUGAGCAGGGUCCAUCCAAGAUCAAACAUGCACGAAAGCAAUCAGUACCAAAUGAAAAGAAAAGACUUGAUCAGUUCCCUGGAAUAACACAAGCAGAACUAAAUGUCUUUUUUCUCAAAGAGACAAACCUGUUUUAA